UUUCGGGACAACCUGCGAUUGUUUUGGGCCUAAUCCUGAUUCAACUGCUUCUGACUCCACACCCCAUCGGCCAGUGACAUCACUUUCUCCUCAUGUCUGUACUUUACAUGACAAUUCCCACCCAAGUCCAUGGGCCAGCACAAUGCCUGGAGCGGUGGUUUGAUGUCUUUUAAAACCUUUGACUGGCCCCCAAGGCCUCCUGUGUGUCUUUUCCUCAGCUUUGUAACGGGUAGAGAUGGAGACCUCAGUUGUGACCUAUAGCUUUCGGUCUGCUGGAGUGUGUUUGAAGGCAGGGGGUUGAUUGUUGAAGAUUUGAGUUGGCUGUUUUUUUACUAAUGCUGCUUGGCGGGUGUGUAUGUGAUGCCCUGGGUGGGUGGUGGUGGCCUUCAGAGAGAUUAGACAUUACAUUACAUAUGCAUCUGGAAGAUGCUUUUAUCCAAAGCUGCUUACAGUGCAAUACAAGGUAUAAGGUUUUAUCAGUAUGUGUCCCAUGGAGAAUAAGACAUGAGGUAUAUUGCACAGAUAUGUAUGUGCGGUACACUUAUAAAAAAAAUAAAGGUUCUUAAAGGUUCAUUGGUUGGGCUUUAAAUAAUGCAGAGACAUGUAUGUGCACAAUAGGUACACUUAUAAAAAAAUAAAGGUUCUUAAAGGUUCAUUGGUUGGGCUUUAGUUGCAUAAAGAACCAAAAAUGGUUAAUCUCCCCUAAAAUUAGCAGUUUUUUAUUUUUUAGGUAACAAAUUCAGUACAUCUGUAGGCUACUUAACCACAGACUGACUCUCGUUAUAUAGUCGAAAGAAACUUUGUCACAGCGUAUCACUGAAACUUUGCUGUUUGUUUCAGAGGAGGGGGUAGGGGUUGAAUCAAAGGGUUGCGACUUAUUGUUCAGUAUUGAAAGGCAGCUAAUGGCCGGCCAUCGCAACUCUGGAUCUGGAAGCAGCGGGGUGCCCGGGGCUCUUCUUGCACAAUACCUCCCCCAUCUACUGUCCUGCGGCGCGUCUUCCUGCCGCAAUCUGCACUGAUCGCCUCUGUCGGGGGGCGCGCAGCUGUAUCGAUGCGUCUGCGCCUCUUCUCCAAACUCUAUACAAUUCCUAAUGAAAUAAAACGAUGACUCACUUUAACCCCUUAAGUGGAUGAGCCAAGCAUACACACUAAAAAUGCAGGGUUGAUUUUUUUUAAAUCAUGGUUGGGUAAAAUAUGGACAAAUCCGACUGUUGGGUUUACAUUGACCUAUGCUGGUUUGUUGGGUCAAAUAUGGACAUUUUAGUUGAAUUUGAACGCGCACUCGGGUUUGUCCAUAUUUUAAUAAGUUAUUAAAAUCAUUUUUUUUAGUUUGUGUGAUGCAUUGACACCGUUGAUAAUAAUAUGGCAGUGCUUGCGUAACUGGAAAGCUUAUGAAUGCGUAUUAGACAUAUAGCCUACGUUUGCAAGCACAGCAAUUGAAUUAAAAUGUAAAACAUACAUAUUGUAGAUAUAUCUUACAAAAUUUGAUUGUAAAUAAUUUUUUCUUAUAUUUUUUCUUGUAAAAAUAAGCUUUAUCACCAGCAAUUUUGUUGCGUAUUUCAUAUAUACCGUUUUAACUUCAAAACACUUCAACUUUAAACUGUUUAAACUUCACUCUACACUUUAAAUUUCGUAUAGGGUGAAAAAAAAGGUUAUUUCAAACUACAAUAGUAGCCUAUUAUAAUGUUUUUGUAAAUAGGUAGGCUACUCUUUCGUGUGUACACGGUGGUCCCAUCAGUGACUCGUGUAAGUGGGAUAUGUGACGCUUGUAAUCCAAUUGCUUAUCAGCAACAACUGCGAUAUCAAAGACAAACAUUUCACCUCAUCACUCUUACAGCCAAAUAAAACACUGUUGAUCAAUGAAAAGCUGGAAUGGCUUUGUGUAAAAAUACAUAUUUUAAACAAUUGAACGUUUUUAUGAUCCAAUUUGUUUGUUUACGACACAGUAAAUGUAUAAAGAAACAAAUUAGAGCUUUAACGUGGUUAGACAGUAUACUGUCUUUUCAUCUAUUCAUCUGAAUGAUUCAAAAAAAAUGUUAAACCUUUUAUUUAAUUGAUUUUUUUUAUCUGAAUCCGAAUAAUUGCUUUUUCACAAUAAACGUUAUUUUUUCACGGAUGUCAAAUCAUUUCAAUAUCAAGAAAAGCUCAUUAAGUGGAUAUUACUGAAACAACGUUUACUUAAUGUGACAUGAAUAUAAAACGCAAACAGCCUACUGUGAAUAUUUAUCAACUACAUCCCUAUUUGAAUUGUAAAUACUACGAAAUGACUUAACAUACAUAACACAUCCCAUAGGACAUAACUUGAUGUUAUUUAAAAAAUAUGUGGACGGCUGGACGUAUACUUGUGAUGACAUUUUUUUAAGAGAAAAAAGUUAUUAUUUGUGCAUUUUUAGAAAAUACCUAUAGUGCGAAAAUACGUAGACACCCCACAUUCCCAAACGCGCCCUCCUCACCCAAUGAGAAAACCAAGUUCAUUCACAAAUUCACCGUCAGCUGUGGCUUAUUGUCUCAGGUGACCAAUAGGAGAGGAGAUGGUUAAGACCCCAGCCUCCUACUUCAAUUGAUUAGGAAAACCUGUGUGGGACAGAGCCAGAUUUGAGGUUUCGAAGUUGUUUGUAAGUUGGGUGUUGGUGAUCUACUGACCCAUUCUGCGGGCCUAAUUGAUGGCCAUCACAUAGGCGCACGUUUCCACAUAGGCUAAUAAUACUAAGGCGCACAAACUGAAUUUGCGCAAACACUGAAGAUUGUUUUUGGAUACUUUACAAGCACGUCUUGGCAUGGAGCUACUGAUCACCGUUUAUUGAAUACCAAACUAGCAUCCACGUGUUCUUGUCUGAAGUCUCAAGAGAUUUGUAAGAAAAUGACGGAGAGACACCAGAGCUCGAAUGGAGGAGACUGCAACAGCCGAGCGUACGAGAUUAACAGGGCCAUGUAUUCUCAAGCCACGGGCCUGGAUGGACUUGGCGGUGCGUCGUUGCAGUUUGCGCACGGCGUGCUUCAGGAUCCGAGUCUGAUUUUUAACAAAGCACAUUUUAAUGGGAUCAAUCCUCCGCCACCGCAAAGUUUUUUCCCAUUUUCAGGCGAUUUUAAGUCUAAUGAUAUACAAAGCGGUGAUUUUGUGCAACCCAGACACUGGUACCCUUUUGCGGCACCCGAGUUCACGGGGCAGGUCGCGGGGGCGACCGCAACCGCCCAGCCUGCAAACAUCAGCCCACCGAUCGCUGAAACCAGGGAACAGAUCAAGAUGCCUUCUGAAGUAAAAACUGAGAAAGAUGUUGAUGAGUACGCCAGCGAGGAAAACAAACCUCAAUCACAAUUUAAUCACAUCCCUGGGACAUCAUCUGUGGCCACCGGGAUGUAUUAUUCCACACCGUGGAACCCUAACUUUUGGCCCGGCCUAUCUCACAUCACGGCCCCCGCUAAUAUUUCUCAAGCUCCCCCGACACCCACCGCAUCCUCACCCUCGUUAUCACCCUCCCCACCGGGGAAUGGCUUCGGAAGUCCAGGGUUUUUCAACGGGGGCUCUGCGCAAAACAUGCCGUCUGGUCAAGCGCAAACCGCUCCGAGAAGCAGUGGGUCGUCCAGUGGAGGAUGCAGUGAUUCUGAAGAAGAGGAGAAUCUGACCACAGAGAAUUUGGAGCAGUUUGCUAAAGAGCUGAAGCACAAGCGCAUUACUCUUGGUUUUACGCAGGCAGAUGUUGGGCUCGCUCUGGGAAAUCUGUAUGGAAAAAUGUUCAGCCAGACAACCAUCUGUCGUUUUGAGGCGCUUCAACUUAGUUUCAAGAAUAUGUGCAAACUGAAACCAUUACUACAGAGGUGGUUGAAUGAGGCUGAGAACUCUGAAAAUCCACAGGAUAUGUACAAGAUUGAACGGGUUUUUGUUGACACGCGAAAAAGAAAAAGGAGAACCAGUUUGGAAGGCACCGUCCGGUCUGCUCUCGAAUCGUACUUCGUGAAGUGCCCUAAACCCAACACUCUAGAGAUUACGCACAUAUCUGAUGACCUAGGCCUGGAAAGAGAUGUGGUGCGUGUGUGGUUCUGCAAUCGACGACAAAAAGGAAAACGCCUGGCGUUGCCCUAUGACGACGACUGCCUUGAUGGUCAGUACUAUGAGCAGAGCCCACCACCUCCCCCUCACAUGGGUGGCACAGCCCUUCCGGUGCAAGGCUAUCCUGGACCAGCCCAUCCUGGAGGAGCCCCUGCCCUAUACAUGCCACCCCUCCAUCGACCGGAGGUUUUUAAAAACGCCCUGCACCCGGGACUGGUGGGUCAUCUCACCAGUUAACCUGACCAGGUGAUGCGCUCUGUUUCCCAACCCAUCCUACUAGUUUGUCUGAACACCUGUGUCACAUUCACUGGUCGGAGUGGGACGAUGACCUUACAGGUGCAUGGCAAAUUUUAAUCGAUGUUUAUAAAAUAUCAGAUCACGGAUUUAUUUUUAUGUAAAUUGCAUGUUACUUGGUCCUUUACUAAUGUGCCUUGGGAUGCUCUACAUUUAUGGUGUCUCAUUUAGGCCUCAGCCUGAUUCGUCACUGUAUAAUGGAUUAUUUGAUGAAUUAAUGCGUUUGCACAUCAUGGGUUCAAAUUAUAAUUUUAUAGUUGUUUUAAUAACUUGUUUAUAGGGGUGGGCGAUAAAUCGCUAGCGUUUUUCAUGCAGUGCAGUCGGUUUCAUAAGAAGUAAAUCGCCAUCACCUGCUUUCAAAUGAAGUGGCAUUUACUACACAAAGCCAUAUUUUAUAGAGAAGCUCGGCAAAAUCGCAUACAUUAUCGGAGGCAAUUUGUCAACGAUUUUGCCGAGCUUAUCUGUGAAAUACGGCUUUGUGUAGUAAAUGGUGCUCAAUUUGAAAGCAGGUGAUGGCGAUUUACUUCUAUAAAUCACGUAACCGGAUUUACUGAUGAGAUGCACAUGAGAAUCGCAGGCAAUUUAUUGCCACCCCUACUUGUUUACUACUUUGCUCAUGUAACGGUUUUAAUGUACAUAUGUUUGUCUCAAGUUCAGUAUGUGCUGACUUCAAAGUUUUCACAUGUCUUUGUAAUUUCUCGUCAAAUCGCUCAUCAAAUCUCAACUGGCUGCAAAUUUGGGACCAACUUUAUAUUUUGUCUUAUGAGAUGGAUUUUUUUUUCUUUUAUCAUUUGGAGGAGAUCUUUUCAGACGAUCCCCAAAGAACAUCAGUCACUGUUCUUCUCUAAAUGCCUGCACUCUCCUCCAAUCUCAAUUGAAAAGAAUUGUGAAUGCAAAUGUUUUUUAUCAGGGUGAUGUAGAUUUUCUGCCAGUUAUUAAGUCUGCAAGCUUCUCUGUAGAGCUUUAAUGUGCCUUAUUUUAUGUCUAUCAUUCCCUAUGCAUGUAAAUGGAAGCCAUAUUUGAUAAAUUAUUGAAAUGCUGCUCUAUUGCAAUCAACACGUACAGUCUCUCACUGUGUAGCAAUUAAAACAAAUUUCAUUUGA